GCAUUAAAAAAUGAGGCAGAUAGAGAAAGUCUCACCCCUCUCAAAAAAUAUAUUUCCUUUCAACUAAUUCAACAUUCCCUUUUCCAGAAUCUUUCUCAUUCCAGCCUUUAUUUUCCUGUUACCCUCUAAGCAAAUGGAUACUAAGCCUUCGUACACAGAGGUCGCCACAAACGCUAUUUCUUCAAAUGAUCAACCUAUGGACUAUACAACAAUGGAUGAGGAAUCUGAUGAUCUAGAAGAAGAUCUCAUUAAACUUUCUGUGGCAGGUUAGACUAGUAUUUAUGCACCCUGGGAUUUCUCCGUGAUUCUAAAAAUGUUUGGGGGGACGGUUACCCAUGAAUUUCUAAAAUCCAAGCUGGAGGCCUUGUGGAAAUUACCAAAACUUCUAUGUCUCAUCGAUCUAUGGUAUGAAUUCUUCACCGCUAAAUUCAAACAUCGCGAGAGUCACGAUAUAGUAUUACAGAAGAGGCCAUGGUUUGUGGAAGGAAGCUUUAUCUCUAUCAGGCGAUGGGAACCCAAUUUUGUUCCCAGCAUAUCCAAAAUCAAUUUUAUAGUAAUCUGGAUACGAUUACCUCAAUUACCCACAGAGUUCUUUGAUCUUGGGAUCUUAGAGAGGAUAGGAAGAAAAAUUGGGAAACUAUUGAAAGUCAAUGCAUGCACCUCCUCUUUGAUUUGUGGUCAGUAUGCUAGGAUCUGCGUUCAAAUGGAGUUAGGAAAAUCAGUCAAAACCUCAAUCACAGUAGGGAAUCAUAAACAAAUCCUGGUCUAUGAAGGGGAGAAAAAUUUAUGCAGGCUCUAUGGUUGUCUAGGUCAUACAACUCACUCUUGCCCGGAGAAAACACAAGAUCAAAUUUCGGCAUCUUCCUCGACAUAUCUUACCUCCAUAAUGUCUGAGGUAUCAGUCCAAGAAUGGCAGACAGUCCAAUUCCCUCAGAGAAAAAAUCAACAUCGUCUGGUAACUCCUAUCAAAGAAAUUGUGAUCUAUAUGCGCAAAAAUGGAAAUCCACUCUUUAAUCUUUACCUCUAUGAUUGAAGAUUGAUGCUAAGAAGGUUAGGCGCGCCCCUGGUCCAACAUUAUUUUAGGGAACAAAAUCAAGUCGUUGAUGCUCUGGCAAAGGAAGGCUCUAAGAAUUAAUUUCCAAAAAAUUGUAAAGUUUUUGUUACCCCCCCCCCCCCUUUUGUAGUCCACAUAGUAUGGGAUAAUUUGGUUGGCAAGAGCCAAGGUAGAACAAUAUCAAACUUGCAGAUGAUGGGGUUGUGCCCAUCUUUUUGUAUAUUAGAGCCAAACUGAGCUCAACUCUUAAUUUUUUUUUUAUAUGAAUAUCACUCUUUUUAAAC